UUUUAUUCUAUUUCGCCACUUCCGGUCGCGAUCAGAUCGCAGAAAUGGCGCAAGGUAAACAAAAAUUUAAAGCGCAGCGACCUGGAGGAGCGAAAAAACAACACGCAAAGCCAAAAGGACUUAAGAAGGGAGGCAGGGUUAUCGCACCCAAAAAAGCUCGUAUUGUCCAACAACAGAAACUUCAGAAGGAUUUGGAUGUGGCUAUUAGAAAUAAGAUAGAACACGAGGUCACGCAUAAAGCCAGCGCAAAUCUACAUAAGAAACUAAGUGUGUUGAAAACUCCAGGAAGGAGGACUGGGCCAGCCGGACCCCCAAAACCUGGAUCAUCUGCUUCCGGAUCAUCCAAAUGACCUGCUUACUUGCAAAACGUCGUUUAUUGUAUGGCCACUAGGUGGCGGUAGAGGCCAUAGCAUGAAGGUUGAAGAGUUCAGCUUAGAUUCAAAUAGAAAAGUUUAUAAAUGUAUUUUUUAAACGUUCUUCCAUAAAGGACAUAGUCUUUGAAAGCGGACUCGUAUAUUUAUCAUGAUCUUAGAAACUGUGCAGCUAUUGUGCUUCUAGUAUAUCCUCUUUAUAUAGAAUAAAAUCUGAUUGCAUCUUACAUAUUAUUGUUUUACGUUAUACACCACAUUUAACAAAAGUUAAUGGCAAAUGGCACUGUUACUACUGCUUAUACACAAGACUUGUGAUUUACACUUCAGUGUCCUUUUGUUCCACAUAAUUUGUGCUUCGAAUCUACAUGUAUGUUACUUUGCUAAACAAUUUGAUUUUAUCCUCACAUAAUAAAAUAGGACUUGCACUUUUGACUUAACAAUAAAUCAACCACAUAGAUAACAUG